CAUCUGGAUGGUUAGUUUGCAUGUUGUAAACAAUCGGUUGUCUGUUUAUAAUUAAGUACAGUCAGAAGAAACUACUUUUCCUUUGUACGCCUCGCGCUGCCGUGCACGUGCAAUUUCGUGUACGUUUGUAUGAUGAUGAUAAAACUUGGGAAUAUUAACGUGGCGAGAUCGACACUGGCCAAGCUGGAUUAUUUCCCUGUCGACGACAGUGUCGUCGUCGUGUAGACAGAACGUUGUACUGCGAAAGAUGUCCGCCCCGUGCUGUGUGGCGAUAUUCUGGGCGGGACUGUCGCUCGUAGCUACUGUGGCCGCAGGAGUUGGCUUUUACCUGCCCUACUGGUUACAAGGAAACCAGUCCCACACGACCCCCGUGUAUUUCGGCGUGUUCCGCAGAUGUAACUACCCGAGGCUGGACGCGAGCGGGCGACUGCACCCUGUGGACGAGUGUGGCCGGUACGCCACCUUCCAGGACAUCCCCAGUCUGUUUUGGCAGAUCGCCACAGUCUGUGUGGGGGUUGGAACGGGCGUCGCUCUGCUCGUGUCCCUCACGGCGGUGAUGGCUUUGUGCGCCAGGGACGUGAUAACGCCAACUGUGGGGCGGGUGGCUGCGGCCAUGCAAGUGUGUGCAGGCUUAUUGAUUGGUGGAGGUCUUGGCAUUUAUCCAAAUGGAUGGAAUAAUCCAGAGGUCCAGCAGGCGUGUGGUCCAGGAAGUGGUCCAUAUUGUCUAGGCUCCUGUUCCGUGGGCUGGUCUCUCUAUCUGACAGCUGGAGGCGGGGCUCUCACUUUGAUGUGUUCUAUUCUCGCGUGCCAUGCCCACAACAAAAAACAGGCACUAAUGGCGUCAUAUCAACUUUAACCCUGUU